UGGCAGCGGGCGGACGUGGCGCUUACGGGAUGGAGCAGAUGCGAGCUGCUGAUAGUGAGUCUGUGCCCCGAAACGAACAACAGCUGAAUGAAGAUGUGCUUGCAUGGUACCUAAAAACAUCAAAGUUAGCAUUGGCUUUAGCUGUAAUUGGCGAUACCCCGCCAGAGAAGAGCAGCAGAGAGUAUGCAGAACACUUGGCUGAAACCUUGCAUCAGAAGGAGGUAGACUGGAAGUUAAAAGCUGAGGCUUGGAAAGCUGAAGCGUUACAUCUACGCCAAGAAUUGUUUCUGAGUCGAAUGAAAUCUGUAGCAAGAUCAAGCAAUGGAGCUGACUGUGCUUUUUGCCCAGACUUUACAACUCGAGGUUCUCUGGAAUCUAGGAAUGAAUCCACUCAUCUGGAGGAUUCUGGUUGUGAUACAUCUAAUGGACAAGAGUCAGAUACCCAGGAUCUACUAGCUAAUCAUAGUCUGGGAUACCUCGAUUCUUAUUCGCUAACUAGUGAAAAAUCUAAGGCAUUAGUCAGUUCCACAUUGUUGCCUCCUGAAUCUAAUACUACCAGGAGAGACAAAUUAGAUGAAAAGGAGGAAGUGCUCAGACUGCACACUCGGUUUUUACAGAGUUUAAUAAGAAUUAGAAAAAUUGCAAUGAUCAGAACUCAGUUAACAGAAACAUCGAUUCUAGACAGUGACCAUUCAGUAGUGACAGAUUCAGUCUCACAUCUUGCUCAGAGUUUGUUGGCUUUCUGUGUGGAACCUAGAUCUCUUCUCCCAGAUUCUUUACUGAUGGAAACAACAUGGACUCUUGUCCACUUAGUGCACGAUGGAAAGUUGCCAAAGCGAAUCCUUGUACAAUGCACUAAGAUAGUGGAGGAACUUGUGAAGGAGUUGGUGAAAGUCAUUUUGGAUAACACAAAAGUAAAUAGGGGUAAAACUAAAUCUAUACAUGAUAUGUGGCUAAAAUCCCAGGCAUUUCGGAAAAAGCUGACCUUUUUCAAACCUCUCCUUACCCAAUCGGGACUUUCAGCUGAACACUUUCCUGAACUGGCAAAGGUAAUUAAUGAACAGGAUACAAGCAAAUCAUUAAGGAAAUGUGACAUGAAAGAAUACACAGCUGUUCUAGGCUCACUGAGUGAAGAAUACAAUGAAAGGUUUGCAGAUUUGAGAAACAUGAUCUCACACUGAAGCUAGCUUUUCAAUCACACCUGGUUGAUGUCUCUAAAGCACCUGAUGAUUUACAGAUAGAGUUGAUUGAACUCUUAGAAGAUAAUAUUCUGAAGCCUCUAUUUGACACUAAGAAGGAUCCCAUUGAAAUAUGAAAAAAUGCUGUUGAAUACCCACGUCUAAGUUAACAUGCUUGUCAAAUGCUGUCUUGUUUUGGCACAACCUAAACUUGUAAAUCAACAUAUUCAGGUGUGACACAAAUUAGAACGAGCUUGAGAUCUCAGAUGACGGAUAUUCAC